AUGUACGCCGUGUACAAGCAGGCGCACCCGCCCACGGGGCUGGAAUUCACCCGUGUCCAUGCCGCCAUGUACGCCGUGUACAAGCAGGCGCACCCGCCCACGGGGCUGGAAUUCGCCUCCUACUGCAACUUCUUCAGCGGCGCCGAGCGCAACCUCGUGGUGGCCGGGACCUCCCAGCUGCACGUGUACCGCCUCAACCACGACGCCGAGCCGGGGGCUAAAGGCGACCGGAACGCGGAGGGCCGAGGGCACCGGGAGAAGCUGGAGCUCGUCGCCAACUUCUCCUUCUUCGGCAACGUCAUGUCCAUGGCCAGCGUGCAGCUGGCGGGCGCCAAGCGCGACGCGCUGCUGCUCAGCUUCAAGGACGCCAAGACGCACGACCUCAAGACGCUCUCGCUGCACUACUUCGAGGAGCCCGAGCUGCGGGACGGCUUCGUGCAGAACGUGCACAUCCCCAAGGUGCGCGUGGACCCCGACGGGCGCUGCGCCGUCAUGCUCAUCUACGGCACCCGCCUCGUGGUGCUGCCCUUCCGGCGCGACUCGCUGGCCGACGAGCACGAGGGCGGCCUGGGCGAGGGGCAGAAGUCCAGCUUCCUGCCCAGCUACAUCAUCGACGUGCGCGAGCUGGACGAGAAGCUCCUCAACAUCAUCGACCUGCAGUUCCUCUACGGCUACUACGAGCCCACCCUCCUCAUCCUCUUCGAGCCCAACCAGACGUGGCCGGGGCGGGUGGCCGUGCGGCAGGACACGUGCAGCAUCGUGGCCAUCUCGCUGAACAUCAUGCAGAAGGUGCAUCCCGUCAUCUGGUCCCUCAGCAACCUGCCCUUCGACUGCACGCAGGCGCUCGCCGUGCCCAAGCCCAUCGGCGGCGUGGUGAUCUUCGCGGUGAACUCGCUGCUCUACCUGAACCAGAGCGUGCCGCCCUACGGCGUCUCGCUCAACAGCCUCACCAGCGGCACCACCGUCUUCCCGCUGCGUAAGCCGGGGGCUCGGGAGGGGCCCGGGGGGGUCACGCUCAGCUCACACUCAGCUCACGCUCCCACUCAGGUCCCACUCAGCUCAUAG